AUGGCAACGGGUGUGCCUUAUGUGCGGUUAAAGGUUGCGUCAAGUUUAGAUGGCCGUACGGCAAUGGCGUCUGGUGAGUCUAAAUGGAUCACUGGGGCUGAAUCACGUCAAGAUGUUCAGCAUUGGCGGGCUAUUUCAGGUGCAGUGAUUACCGGGAUCGAUACCAUUUUGGCAGAUGACCCUCAAUUAAAUGUGCGUUCAUUGGGCGAUAUUGAUAUUGCAACGAUUGUCCAGCCUAAACGGGUGAUUUUAGACCGACAAGGGCGUUUGCCACUCAAUGCUCAAAUUCUUAGCGCGCCUGAAACAGUGAUGGUCAUGGGACCAUUUCGUCAAGAACUUGCCAAGCUGGGCGUGGUACAAUUAGAAGUUCAAUCUUUAAAAGAUUUGCUUGCGACUUUAAAAGAUUUCCAAAUUUAUGAUGUGUUGGUUGAGGCAGGUGCGACAUUAUCUACUGCAUUUUUGCAGGAAAAACUGGUGGAUGAAUUAAUCAGUUAUGUUGCGCCAACCUUUUUAGGACAAUCAGCACGUGCCAUGUUCAAUGCCGAAUUUGAAACGAUGGCACAACAAUUACGUUUUAAGUUACAAGAUGUUCAUCAGUUUGGUGAUGACAUUCGCUUAAGACUUAUCCCUUCACAAGAGUCAUUGGUUCCCUAUCUGGGAAACAAACGUCGUUUGUUGCAUCUGAUUCUUGAGGCGCUUGAAAUCACA